GCCAGUCUGUGAGGCAACUUGUAUUAAUUCAUGCGGCCACAAAUUAACAAUGUUGGCACAGCGGUAGGCACAACAAAUAGCAACACGGACUUCAAGGCCACGACAAGCCGUGGCGCCGCCUACCUCUUGUUCACUCUUCACUGAUUCUAUAUUGCGCAUCCCUUGAUAACAAGAUAAAAGGGAUCCGAGAAGAGGUACAUAACUACAUUCUCACCAGUGGCGGACCACCUGUUGUUGGUUUCAGUCUUUUGGCUUGGUGUUGACAGGCAACUGUUCCCACCACUGCCAAACGAGACUUCCUUGCGAUCCACGGAGUGACAUAGUAGUGUUUUGGAGUCAAUUAAGGAAGGACAAACGUCAGACGCCAUGCAGCCACCAACCUUCGUGCAAGGUUUCCACGACGCCGAGGCUGUCGCCAGGAUGACUUACCACCCACUCGGCGACACUGGGUUGCAGUUGUCCCGCUUUUCUCUUGGCGGCACCCCUUUCGGGGGGCAAUAUGGAGAGGCCAGAGAGCAGGCCUGUAUUGACACCAUCCACCUCGCUCUCAAGUCUGGAGUCAACUACAUCGACACCUCCCCGUGGUAUGGCAAUGGUCGGAGCGAGGAGGUGCUGGGCAAGGCACUGAAGGACGUCCCUCGAAGUUCUUUCUACAUUGGCACCAAGGUGGGGCGCUACGAGCCUGUUCCCGAACGCAUGUUUGACUUUUCUGCCAAGAGAGUGGCGCAGAGUGUUGACCGCAGCCUGCAGCUGCUGGGCCUCGACUACGUGGACCUCAUCCAGGUGCACGACUUUGAAUUUGCCGAGAAUCUGGACAUCAUCGUGGAGGAGACCCUGCCGGCCCUGCAGAAGGUCGUGGACAGCGGGAAGGCAAGGUUCAUCGGCAUCACUAGCUACUCCGUGAGCCUCCUCAAGGAACUGGUUGAACGGUCGCCGGUCAAGAUCAGCGCCAUUCUGUCUUACGCGCGCAACACACUCAUCGACGACACCCUUGAGGGCUUCAUGCCUUUUUUUAAGUCCCGGAACAUUGGUGUGAUCUGCGCCAGCCCUGUAGCCAUGAGGCUGCUGACCUACAAACCUGUUCUACCGGAGUGGCAUCCCGCACCACAGUACAUGAGGGACGCUAGCCACUCAGCCGCCCUCUGCUGCAAGGAGGCUGGCGUGGACUUGGCGCGUCUGGCGGUGCAACACGCGCUGCGUCUGGAGGGCGUCACCACGCACCUGCAGGGCAAUGACAACUGUGACAUUCUGCGUCAAAAUCUCAAUAACUUUUUAACCCCUCCUACGUCGCGGGAGGAAGAACUUCGCAAGGCAGUGAAAGAAAGGUUUUUCGAUCCUCUUCCAGCGAAACACUGGGAGGGCGUGGAUCCUGCCAAACAUUGGGAGACAAUGCGGCAGCUGCGAGCUCAGUCUGCUGGCGCUAAGUGACUCUCGCUGUCACAUGACUUUGAGCUACAUUGUAUGAAAAUCCUUCUAUGGGAAAUUUUAUUCAAGGUAACAUGCUACUCUUUUGGUCACUCAUUGAAAAGUGACGAAGAGAACUUCGAAUAGAUUGAUAUUUCAAAACCA